GUUUAGAUUCACACCUAUGUGUACAGACGUGCUAGUGCAAUUAGUAAAAGAUACAUUUAGUGAGCAAAGCGCGCGCAUUAAUUGAGAUAUGAGACUUUUAAUAGCUGCUAUCCUCGCGUUGACCAACUUUCAAAUAAUAGUCCGCGGUCAAGAUGAUUACUGUUUUGGCAAGGACACCGAAAGGCCUCAAACACGUCAUUUCACCUCGAAGACUGCGUAUCAGAUAAUCAAGGGAGCAAAUAUUGAAAGGGAAUACUUAGUUCCAGGCUGCACACCAGUAAAAAUAUGGAUUUUGCAUAGGCAUGGCACUAGACUACCAACAACAAAAACAAUACAAGCCGCGCCGAGACUAGACAUACUUCGUGACGAAAUUGUGAAAAAUUAUCGAGUUCGCCGUACGAAACCAGACACAAAUGCACUCUGUCAAGAGGACUUGAGCCUAUUAGCGACGUGGAGAUGGAAUACCAGUAUUACAGUUGAUCAAGAACAGUUCUUGACUUCACAGGGUUACGAAGAUCUUAAAGGGACUGCAAAAACUUAUCAAAGGUAUUAUGGAGAUGUUCUGACUAAAGACUAUAACAACACAUACUACAAGUUUCGCCACACUCAAACACAACGCACUACCGAAAGUUUCAAGGCAUUUGUUGAUGGUCUUUUUGGCUCAAAUGUCAACGUACAGCCAGAGGAAAUUCCUGAGCAAGAUCUGCUUUUGAGGCCUUAUGACUACUGCGAAUCGUGGAAGGCACAUGACUACAGUGGAGAGAACUCUGAAAGCUAUAAAUUUAAACAUUCAACUAUCUGGAAUACAACCGUUGCCAAUAUUUCAAAACGAUUGGGUUUUCAAUACACUUUGGAGUCAAGCGACGUUGAACUUAUGUGGGACAUGUGUCGAUAUGAACAGGCUUGGCAAGUUGAUCGCACCAGCGUGUGGUGUUCCGUCUUUACAGGUGAACAAGUUAGCGUGUUUGAGUAUGAAGAUGAUAUGAAAUACUAUUACAAACUUGGCUAUGGAUAUGAGGAAAACACUCGUCUUAACUGUCGUGCAGUCCAGGACAUGUUGAUUCAUCUGAAUAGCUCAACUACACCUAAUGUCGUGGCUUAUUUCGGGCACACAAGUGGUGUACAAACCCUACUUGCUGCUUUGGGAAUCGCCAAGGAUGAUAUUCCCCUUACUGCCGCUAACUAUAACAAAAGCGACUAUCAUUGGAAAACGAGCCAAUUGGACCCUUUUGCAUCAAAUUUCGUUGCCGUAAAAUAUGAUUGUAAAGGUAACACUACCGACAAAGUCAUAUUCUUUCUCAAUCAAAACGCGGUAGAUCUCGAAUGGUGCAACGUUGGCUUAUGCAAUUGGUCAGAAGUUUUAAAACGCUACCAAACGUUUUAUACAGCGGACUGUAGCAAUUAUUAUUGCGCGGAUGCAGGUGCUACUUCUUUGGUUACGUCGUUCGGCGUCUUAUUACUUAUUUCAUCUAUACUUUACUUAAUACACUAACCACCGUAUAAAUGUUAUUUAAAAUGUAUUUAACUGUGCACUUUUUAUAAAACAACUUAAGUCGACUUAGCACUUUUCUCCGAAAUAUUUAACCAACGAAUCAUUCAUAGCCAUAGCUUCAACAAAUAUCUUAAUAAAAGUUGAAUAAAGUACCAAAUUUCACUUUGAUAAAUCAGAAUUUAUUGACCCAAAUCCAAAAUUUGUUAAAGUCACUUAGUAGUUUUGUCAAAAGUCUAGAUACAUGUACCUUCUGCUCAAAUAUGAACGAGACGUUAUCAAUAAAACGGUCCGCGGAUGACAUAUGGCAAAAAUAAAUUUUUUGUUUUUUGGUAGGACUGUUAUAAGCUUACAUGGCAAAUUUCAGCGUGAUAUGUCACAUAGUUUGUUUUCUGUGGUACUGUAAACAAGUCAAGCUCGAGUGUGUUCUUCGAAUUUAACGAUGGAAAUUCAAGUUGAACAAAGAAUUUGUUUGAAAUUUUGUUAUUCCAACAAAAUUUCGGCUUCAGACGCCUUAAAAAUGUUGCAGACAACCUAUGGAGACACUGCUCUAUCGCGUGCACGUGUUUUCCAGUGGUACAAAUCGUUCAAAGAGGGCCGUACAUCGGUUGAAAACUUGCCUCAUGAACGUCGUCCAGCAACAUCAGUAAACGACGAAAACAUCGGAAAAGUAAAGGAAAUUGUGCUUGAAAAUCACACAAAUCGCAAAAUCGGUUAACGCUGAAUAUUAUUUAGACGUUUUAAAGUGUUUGCGUGAGAACAUUCGUCUUAAAAGGAAGGAAUUGUGGGACAACAAGUCAUGGUUCUUGCAUCACGAUAAUGCACCAGCUCACACAUCACGUCUUGUUCGCGAUUAUUUGAACAAAAAUAAUGUUAAUAUCGUUCCGCAAGCACCGUAUUCGCCUGAUAUGGCUCCAUGUGAAUUUUUCCUUUUUCCCAAGCUCAAGUUGCCGCUCCGUGGAAAACAUUUUGAGACAAUUGAAGUCAUAAAAGAGAAUUCGAAGAACACACUCGAGCUUGACUUGUUUACAGUAGCACAGAAAACAAACUAUGCGACAUAUCACGCUGAAAUUUGCCAUGUAAGCUUAUAACAGUCUUACCAAAAAACAAAAAAUUUAUUUUUGCCAUUUGUCAUCCGCGGACCGUUUUAUUGAUAACGUCUCGUUCAUAUUUGAGCAGAAGAUAUGUUUAUGCAUAAAUUGGGAUAUUUAUCACGCCUUCAGCGAGAAGUCUUUUUAUUUCUACUUCUUUAUUUAUGUCAAAUUAAUGAGAUUCACAUUUGUUGCACUAAAAGUUCUCAGAAGUUCUUUUUUUUUUCAAAACGAGGCUAACAAAAAUCCUAUGUGCUUUGUUUUGUGAUGUUACUUAAAUUAAGCAAUUACUAAAAUAAAUGUGCAUAAACCCGAGUAUAUAAUGUUAUUUAUAGUAAUUUUUAAGGAUGAUACAAAAUUUUGUAAAUAAUCUCAAUUGAUAUCUAUCGGUUUUUGUAAAAUAUGGCAAAUUUCGCGUUCAAGGUUUUGUAUUUAUGAACAAGCACAUUGGAUGUUUAAGAAACCCAGAGUUUCAUUUGACAUUUCUUGUUUACUUUUUCUUAUGGUGUAAGAAGAGCAAUACAGACGACUUCACUAUACCUCAUAGAAAGUGUAUUCCUCUUGUAUUUUUUAUGGAGAAAGAGGCAGAAUUGCAUACCUUUUUGAGUAUCAGAGGGGCAAUAAUUUACACUUUAUUUAAAAUUAAAUUAACAAUUUAUUUUGUAAAUAUCACCACUAUAAAGUUGAAAUUAAAUAAAUCAAACUAAUUAGUACAAAUAUGUUAAUAUUAUUGCAUUGUUUUAGUAUUUGUUUGUUAAGAUAAAUAAAUGUAAUAAAGAAUGUAAAUGUAAUAAAAAUGAAGAAACAAAA